AUGCUUUGGUUGGUAUCUUUACUAUUCCUAUCUGGUGCUUCAAGUUAUGUACAAAUCCAAGAGAACGGUGUAAAAUUACCGGAGUGCGCAGGUACUGUUUGCGGACCCAAUUCUGAUUGCGUUGUUAUUCGUGAAGGAGAUAAAGUUAUCACAAGAUGCGUAGAUAGAAAGGAAUUGGUCGUUCUUCGUGCUUUCAGGAAUUCCAAAUCAACAACAGAAGAAAUACAAUUGUUACACAAGACACAACAAAAUGUCUGCAAUGAUCAUGAGCUUAAUGCCAUGGGAGGACGUAUACUACAAUGGUUCAAUGAUGUCCAUCUUACUGUUAGAGGAGUUGACAAAUCUUUGAAAGAACACACUUUGGCUUGCCGUGACGAUGUUGCUUGGAUGUUCCUGCAAUGGGAUGGAGAUGACAAUGGAUAUCUUACAAAGCACGAAAUUAUCCCCAUUCUGAAAGGAGGACAGGAGAAAUGUAUCGAACAAUUUUUCGAUAGAUGUGAUGAUAUCAAUAUCGACAACCAACUCAGCAUCGACGAAUGGUGUGAUUGCUUCAACUUCGCUGACAACCUGCGCCACGAACCUCCGUGCCAUAAAGCUAAACACGCUGUUGAUCCACAUGUUCUUGGUGCUUUCCUUCCCCGCUGUGACUUAGAAGGCUACUACCGUCCAGAACAAUGCCAUGGUGGAUCAUGCUGGUGCGUUGACAAAUAUGGAAGAGAAUUUGACAAGUCGCGUGUUGAGAAGGGACUCCCUGAUUGUGGUCAGUAUGGUUCAUUAACUGCAGUUGAGAAGGAAGAACUCAGAGCUCGAGUUGAGAUGUAA